AUGUCGGAAACAAGUGAGGAUGUUAUCAGUUCCGCCGAGAUGUCGAAUAGCCUUGCAGCUUUAGCUACGGCUAAUUGUCAUGUUGGUGCUCAUAUCAAAUGUAUAAGACAUACAGAAGAUAUUUUUAAUCCUGAAGAUCCCAAGAUUCGUUAUACAGCAUCAAAAAUGACAGUUUAUGAUGAAGCAAAUGUGAAAUGGCAUGAAAGAGAAGAACGCGUGGUAGAAGUUAAAAGAUUAAAAAAAGCAUUACUUGAAGUUGAUAAACUUUGUAUAAAACCAUUAGUAAAGAAUCAUAAAAGUUUUUUAUAUGCUGUUUAUAAACAGCAAUAUCUUGAAUACAUUGAACAUCAAGAAACCCAAAAGGCCUUCACUUUUCUCAAUAAAAGGUUGAAACCACUUGAACAUCUUCAAACAACACCUAACGAAUUUAAAGAUUUAUGUUAUUUGUUAACUGCAAAAGCUGUACAUGACGCACCAUCAUUUAGAAAUUGGGAUGGUAUAGAACAAUUUCAGAAUAUGCUUAAUUUUGAAAAUACGGAAAAGGAUGGUUCCGUUCACGUACCACCCAAUCGACUUCUUACACUACUUCAUCAAGCAUUUGCAUAUCAAAUCGAAUUUUCGCGGUAUCACCCUCGAGUGGCUCCACGUGUAAAUACAUUGUUACAAGAUUAUACCAGUUUCGUUAUACCAAAUGCAGUACGUGCAACUUUAAUUGGUCAUCGUAGUAAUGUGAAAUGUGUAGAAUUUGUUGGAGAAGGAGGACGAGAAAUUGUUAGUGGUUCCAGUGAUAAUACAUUAAGAUUAUGGGAUACCGAAACAUCAAAAGAAAUUUCAGUUUUGGAAGGUCAUGAAUCACGUAUUUGGGAUGUUUCAUCCAAUAAACAUGGGACAAUGGUUUCAAGCGCAAGUGGAGAUGGGACAAUCAAAUUAUGGGAUAUUAAAGCGAAUCAAUAUACUUGUGUAUCUUCUUUAUCUGGUAAUUCAAGUGACGUUUAUACAGUUAAAUUUCAUCCAGGAGAUAAUCAUGUUGUUAGUGGAGGUUAUGAUAAAAUCAUCAGACUUUAUGAUAUUGUGACUGGUCAAUUGGUAAAGAUAUUUACAGGUCAUGAAUUGUCUGUAUCGAAAACUAUCUUUAAUCCUUUGGGAAAUUUGAUAAUUAGUGGUUCAAAAGAUAACACAAUAAAAUUUUGGGAUAUCGUAUCAGGAUUAUGUAUAAGAACAAUAUCAUCUCACUUAGGAGAAGUCACUUCGGUAGCAAUGAAUUCCAAUGGAACUUUAUUACUUAGUAGUUCCAAAGAUAAUUCUAAUAGAUUGUGGGAUGUUCGAACAGGACGUCCCAUUAAAAGAUUAAAAGGACAUCAAAAUACUUCAAAAAAUUUUAUUAGAGCAGGAUUUGUAAAUAAUUCUUUAAUUGUUGGUGGUUCCGAGGAUGGUAUUGUUUAUAUUUGGGAUCAAGAUACAGGAGAAGUUUUACAAAAAUUAAGAGGUCAUGGCGGUAUGGUUUAUGAUUGUAUUUGGAAUCCUAAACAAAGUUUAUUUGUUAGUUGUAGUGAUGACAAGACAUUAAAAACUUGGUGGUAUGAUGAAAAUCUUCCACUAGAAUUAUAA